CUCUCACAAGACACAAUCUUCCUCUGCAACCUCUUUCAUCUCCAAUGUCAAAAUUCCCAUCUUGCCCUUCCCUUCAACACCAUCCUCCAUGCUCCCACCACUCGCCUCCUGAACAAAAUGAUUGCAACCUUCUCCCACCUCCCUCAAACCACCUUUCUCUGCUACUCCUCAUUGCGAUCAAACGGCGUCGUUCCGGACAAACACACCUUCCCUUUGCUCCUCAAGGUUUUCUCUAGCCCCAAUAUUUUUCGUCAAGACCCAUCUAUGCUUUUUGCUCAAGUUAUCAAAUUUGGCUUCAACCUUGAUCAAUUCGUUUGUAACGGUCUUGUUUCGGCGUUUGCGAAUUCUGGGUUUCUUGAGAGUGCACGCAAGGUGUUUGAUGAAAGUUCCAGUAGGGACGUUGUUGCUUGGACUGCGUUAAUCAAUGGGUAUGUGAAGAAUCAGUGUCCUCGGGAGGCACUAGAGUGUUUUAUGAAGAUGAGAUCUUUGGGAAUUGGAGUUGAUGGGGUCACUGUUGUUGCCAUUCUUCGUGCUGCGUCGUUGGCAGGUAAUGCUUCGUUUGGAAAGUGGGUUCAUGGAUUCUAUGUUGUAGCAGGGAGAGUGUGUUUAGAUGCUCAUGUUUGCAGCGCCCUUGUGGAUAUGUAUUUCAAGUGCGAUCUUUGUGGUGAUGCAUGCAAAGUAUUUGAUGAAUAUCCUUAUAGAAAUGUAGUAUCUUGGACUGUGCUUAUAGCUGGUUAUGUGCAUUGUAACAGGUUCAAAGACGCGAUUCGAGUAUUUUGGGACAAGGUUUGGGAUGAUAUUGUGCCUAAUGAAUUCACGCUAACGAGUGUUCUUAGUGCUUGUGCUCACAUAGGAGCAUUGGAUCACGGAAAGUUGGUUCAUCAGUACAUAGAGAGUAGUACUAAGGCAAAUUUGAAUUCAGCAAUUGGGACGGCAUUGGUGGAUAUGUAUGCAAAAUGUGGAUGCAUAGAUGAGGCUUUGAGGAUAUUCGAAAAGUUGCAAGUUAAGAAUGUCUUCACUUGGACAGCAAUGAUUAAUGGGAUGGCUGUUAACGGGGAAGCCUCAAAAGCGUUGGAGCUCUUCUCGCGCAUGUUGACGAGUGGCAUUCAUCCUAAUGAAGUUACCUUCAUUGGUGUCCUUGCUGCAUGUUCUCAUGGCGGUUUUGUAGAGGAAGGGAAAAAGUUAUUCGAGUUGAUGAUCAAAGUGUAUCAUUUGAAGCCGAAAAUGGACCAUUAUGGUUGCAUGGUUGAUCUGCUUGGUCGCGCAGGGUAUUUAGAAGAUGCAAAGCACAUAAUUGAUAACAUGCCAAUGAAGCCUGGUCCUGGUGUUUUGGGAGCUUUAUUUGGUGCCUGCAUGAUCCACAAGGAUUAUGAGAUGGGUGAAAUUAUAGGUAAGUCUUUGAUAAAUUUGCAGCCGAACCAUAGUGGAAGAUAUGCACUUCUGGCAAACUUGUAUUCAAUGUGUCAAAACUGGGAAGGAGCUGCACUUAUGAGGAAGCUCAUGAAAGGAACAAAGGUAGAGAAAACUCCAGGGUGCAGUUGGAUAGAAGUGAAUGGUUUGAUUCAUGAGUUUAAAGCGUUUGAUCAUUCACAUAAUGAAUCAUCUGAUGUAUAUUCGAUGUUGGAUAAAUUAGUGUUGCAACUGAAACUAGUUCGAGUGUGUGAAGAUUUUAGCCUACUUGAAUCUUAAAGACAUGGUUGGUUAGAGCAACGGAUUUUUUUUUGGGCCGUGCUAGGUAAAAAUGGGAGAAGUGGCUAGUGUUGGUUUAAAUGUAAAGCAAAACCAAAGAAAAAGUGUUGACUGCGUAAUAUUUCUAAUUGUUUUCUCAUAAUCUGC